GGACGCUGAUACAGGGGCAAGAGUUGGUGAGCAGAUAUUUCUGGAUUAUCUCUACCUGCUGCCAGCGAUCCUCAUCAACCAUCAAAAUGCGAUCUCAAAACAUUAUUGCGUAUUUAGAAGGCCACUGGGAAGGAAUCCCACUUGGCGGCCUCUGCGAACGUCAGUAUGGAAAGGACCAGCUUGUGACCUACGAUCUCGACUCGAAAACAGCCCGCAAGCUGUGCGAGUACUUCGAGACCGAAGAGUAUAAGAUACACCCACCGACACCCGGAUUCCACGGCCAGCAGAAAGCGGCGCUUUGUGAACUCAUUGUUUUGAAGGAAGCUGCGACGUGGCUUAUGAUCCGAGCCGAGGCGGCAAAAGCGAGGGCCAAGCCAGUGACAGUUUUGGAAAGCGAUGCUUAUCGCGGGUUCGACAACAAGUUCACGAGCGAUGGCUUGACUUGGAUGCAAGCGGAAUCGGAAGCGAUGGAACGUGAAAUGAUGGGAAGGGCAGAAAAGCUGACUGCAGGAGAUUCAUCGGCCCAGCUGGAACGUUCGAUCGCCGAUUCCUGCACUGGCUCGAUCUUGACCGACCACAAGCCGAUUGACGGACUAAAACGCCACGACUCUUUCUUUGGUGACGACGGAGAUGUUGACCCUUUAGAGAGUACUACUCAGCGCGGCGGUUCGACUUUGACGGCAUAUUGAUCCCGAUAGUCUAUCUGUCUGGGGAUGAUUGCAACCAAAAGAUCCCUGAUGCGAACUUGAAUUGCCUGUACUGCAUCCCAACCGACUUGUGGCCGCUUCCCACACUGCCAUCUUCCCUGUUAUCAAUCUUGGAGCAGUACCAUGCCAUAUAUUGUAAUGCGAUACGAUGUGAAUGUUGUGCGUAUGUCGAUACGAUCGAUACGAUUGGAUAUCCUCCCCAUGACAUGCUGGUUCAAGAGGUGAAGUGUUGAUACAGAAUUUACAGACCAGCGAUAUCCGGUCCUCUCCUUGCCUUUCCCCGCCUAUACGACCUGCACGUGAGCAUAACAUGGGAUCCUAUUAGCUCCUCAUUCGAUUCAGUCCCCUUGUACAGUGGAACAGAGGAAGAAGAGAAGACCAAGCCCUAGCUGUCACUCACCUUUCCAGCCAAACUCAAGAU